AUGCGUUUCUCUAUCUUGGCUACCUUGUUUGCAGCUAUUGCGCCGGGUCUUGCAGUCCCGAGCCCGCUGAAGGCUAGAGACGUCCCGUCCGAUGAGUUGUCUCAGUUUAAGUUCUGGGUCCAGUAUGCUGCUGCCUCUUACUGUGAAGCCAACUAUGCUGGUCAGGUUGGUACCAAACUGGCCUGCUCGGCUGGUAACUGCCCUCAGGUCGAGGCAGCUGACACCAAGAUUGCCUUUGAUUUCUCCAACACCACCGCUACCGAUACUGCGGGCUAUAUCGCGGUAGACAGCACCAACAAGGCUGUCAUCCUAGCUUUCCGCGGCUCCUACUCUGUCCGCAAUUGGAUCGCUGAUGUCGAGUUCCCCUACACCGACCCCGGUCUCUGCGAUAGCUGCGAGGCCGAAUUCGGCUUUUGGAACUCCUGGGCUGUGGUCCGCGACGACGUCUUGAAGAAUCUCAACGAAGUCGUAACUGCGAACUCCGACUACGAGCUUGUUGUUGUGGGUCACAGCCUUGGCGCUGGCAUUGCGACUCUCGCUGCCGCCGAUAUCCGAGGCCGUGGUCACCCCUCGGCAAAGUUAUACGCCUAUGCCUCGCCUCGCGUGGCUAAUUUGGCACUGGCUAAGUUCAUCACUGACCAGGGUAAUAAUUACCGAUUUACGCACACCAAUGACCCUGUCCCUAAGCUGCCUCUUAUCGCUAUGGGUUACGUCCACGUCAGCCCAGAGUACUACAUUACCUCCGGCAACAACGUUACUGUUACCACUGGCGAUAUUGAGGUUCUCGACGGUGAUAUCAACUGGCAGGGUAACACAGGAACCGGUGUUCCUACCAUUGAAGCUUUCUCCGCUCAUCACUGGUACUUUGAGCGUGCUGAUGGAUGCAUUGGAGCUGGUACUCCCUGGAAGAGAUCCUACUAA